AUUAAAUUAAAGACUCACAUGUCUCAGAUGCAUGUAUUUAUCUUAAUUAAAUUAACCCCCGGCCCCUCCCACACCUCUAUAUAUAUACUCUCAAUACUUCCAUCGUCUCAUCGGAUCAAAGCAUACACAAAACCAUGGUAGAAACGAAAGUCACAACGAUGGUGAUUAAGGUGGUUGACCUUGGAUGCGAAAAAUGCCACAAGAAAAUCAAGAGAGUACUGUGCGCUAUCCCUCAAAUCCAGAACCAGACAUAUGACAAGAAGGAAAACACAGUGACAAUCACUGUGGUGGGUUGCUGUCCUGAAAAGAUCAAGAAAAAAAUAUACUGCAAAGGAGGUCCAACUGUCAAGUGCGUUGAGAUUCCACCUCCACCUCCGCCUUCGAAGGAAAAACCAAAACCAGAAACAAAAAAAGAAGAAAAAACAGAAACAAAACCAGGAAAAGAAGAAAAAAAACCAGAACCAAAACCAUGCACAUGUUGUGAAAAAUGCCGCCGAGGCCCAUGUUGUCAUCACUUCUGUAUGGUAACACCUCCUGCAUAUUGUUAUGUACCUUGUAGAUGGUCAGAGUGUGAUGUAUGGGGAGAUGGUUGUUGUAGUUGCCGAAGUAGGGGUUACUAUGUGUGUAGAAGUGCAUAUGUCUGUGAAGAGUACUAUCCCUCGGCGCCAUGCACAAUCAUGUAAAGGGAAAUUAAGUUCGGAAGACCGAUGGUUUGAGUCAACGUCCAGCAUCAACCGUUGGAUUCAAACCCAGUGGUCAUGAUGGACCUUAGUACUGUUGUUGUAUUUAUAUCAUCUGUUUUGUGAUGCUGCUGUUGUUUUGACCUCUUUCAUCUAGAUGAUGCACGACUUCAUUUGUUACAUGUUUGGUCAGCAAAUAUGGGAGGCUUUACUACCCACUCUUUGUUUUC